CUAAAACCCCACUAGAGAAAACGCAUUGUUUUGUUUGUGUUUCUUUCUGUUCAACGAAAGCGAGGACGUUUCUCUCACUCACCACGUGCUGGUAUAAUGGAGGGCGCAGCUGCAAAUCAGCUUCCUGAAGUAGAUUCAUUGCCAGAUGGGUUUGUUGAUAGCCCCACAGAAGCUCUAGCUCCUGCAACACCAACUUUAGAACAAGAAAACUCGCUUGGUGAUUACAAGGAUGAGGGUUUUGUGGAAUUAGAUCAUUCAAAUGAAUCGACACAUGAGUUGGCAUCAGAAGAGUUUCAAACAAGCAAGGGUAGGACAGAGAAGACUCAGAAACUGAGAACUUUUCCUGUUCCAUUAUCUGAAAUGGAUAAUUUCGAUGCUUCAGUGGACUUAAUCAAAAUGCCUAAUAAGGGUUCAGUGGAGGAAACAGACGGUAUGCCGGCCAUGCCUACAGCAGUUGCUUCAGUUUCGGAGGCUUCAGCUGGGAUAUCUGGAUGCAGCGAGGUAAAAGGCCAAGUUCAAGGGGAAUGUCAAAAUACAAAGAGAUGUAAUUAUAUUCAACUUGAAUGCAAUUUCCUACUUUUCCUUCUAAAUAAUACACUGCAUAUAAGUGUUUGUGGCUGCCCGUUUUACCUUUUUAUCGGGAGAAUGUACAGCACACUGACUUGAUACAGCAUAUUAGAUCAGAUGCUUUAUGAAGCAUUAUGGUAAUUUUGCAGAAAGAAUGUACGGGAAACUCCAAAAAGUAAGAUGAGGUGGUUUUUCCCUCCACCCUGGGAGGUAGGG